AUGGUCACCCUCCACAUCUCGCACACGGCCCCCCUCAACCCGCCCUCCACCACGCCAGCCCUCGCCAUCGAGCAGCUCUGGGCCGGGCUGCAGCGCAAAGUGCGGCACGCGGAGGAGUUUGUGCCUGUGAUUGCGAGCUGCACGGUGCUGGAGGAGAGAGACGACGGGACGGUGGUGCGCGACGUGGUGUUCAAGGCGGGUGCGGGGCCUAGGGAGCGCGCGCGGGAGGUGGUGAGGGAGUUUUGGCCAUCGUGGGUCGACUUCGAGCAAGAAGACGGCACGCACAUCCGCAACGUCAUCUCCGAGGGCGCAGCAGGCGAGCUAUACAUGACGUACAUGUUCGAGUUCAACCUGCCGCAUGUGCAGCAGGGCGAGAGCGCCGAGGUGGAGGACGAGCGCCGGAGGCUGAAGGGCAUGGCGAGGAUGGCGGUCGAGAAGAGUAUCGAGACGAUUCGCGCUAUGGUGCGGGAUGGGAGGAUUUGA